AUGAGCUGGUUAUGGUUGUGUUGGCUGCUUGGCGUCGUGCACUUCUUUGAACUCAAUGCUGCUGACGGACAACGCAUUGUUGGUGGCCAGGAGACGACGAUUGGUCAGGUUCCCUACUUGGUGUACUUGCGUCAGAGUGGUAACUUUAUCUGCGGCGGAUCUCUUCUCACGCCCAACUCCGUGCUGAGUGCAGCACAUUGUGUGCAUGGUGCUCAGGCCAAGGAUUACACUGUCCAUGCGGGUGCCAGUCGACUGGACGAAGCAGCUCCCGUCGUGAGUAGCGUGGCGGAGUUUCACAUCGCACCCGAUUACUCUCCGAGCAAUUUUGACAUGGAUGUGGCCAUACUGCAGUUGGCAUCACCAGCUGGUCUCUUCGCUGGUCAAGUGGCCACCAUUUCCCUUUGUCGCACGCCUGCCGCCAAUAAUGCCUUUGUUCGCAUCAGCGGUUGGGGCGUCACUCGUGAAAAUGGUCGCGAUCCUGCGGCACAGGUGCGCACCACAACGGUCCGUGUGCUGCCCCAGCUGGAGUGUCAACUGGCCUACGCUGGACAGGCACAGCUCAGUGAUUCGAUGGUCUGUGCUGCCAUUCGCGGUAUUCGAGACUCCUGCUCGGGGGACUCGGGUGGUCCUUUGGUCUAUCGUGGCCAACUCUGCGGCAUUGUCUCGUGGGGAUUCGGUUGUGCGCGAGCUGCUUAUCCAGGUGUCUACACUAGCGUAGCCAGUCCUCGAGUCAAGAGUUUCAUUGAGCAAACGCUUAGAAAUCUGCAGGGUUAAUGGCAGCAAAUUACAGCUCGGUUUUGUUUUCUAAAUCAUUCCACUUAUUCGUUUAUAGCUUAAUAA